AUGACCAAGAAAAGAAGGAAUAAUGUUCGUGCCAAAAAAGGACACGGCCACAUGCAGCCUAUUCACUGCACCAACUGCGCCCAUUGUAUGCCCAAGGAAAAGGCUAUUAAGAAGUUCGUUAUUCGGAACAUAGUAGAGGCCGCUGCCAUCAGGGACAUUUCUGAAGCGAGUGUCUUCGACGCCUAUGUGCUUCCUAGGCUGUAUGUGAAACUACAUUAUUGCAUGAGUUGUGCCAUUCACAGCAAGGUAGUCAGGAAUCACUCUUGUGAAGCACCCCCACCCCGAUUCAGACCCACAGGUGCUGUCCAACGACCUCUACCGAAGCCUAUGUAA